GGGGAUUCAGUCUCCUCGCGAUGCUCUGGCGUUGAUCUUCGCCGAUCUUCACGUGCUAUCCGAGCUCUUUCCUGUCGCCAGUCAUCUCUAUUUUUUUUAUUUUUACUUCGGUGGACUGCAGAAAUAUGGAACAUUUUCAAAUGACAUCCCACAGAAGUAUGUGAACGCUUUGCAAAACAUUAAUUAAUACUCAGUGACCAUAAAAAACAAAAGCAAUCUGUGUAAUUGAUGGCUUUGCUGCCAUGACCAAAACAAAAUUAGCAGCAAAUAUAUAUACGGCGAAAAACGGCAAACAAACUCGAUUAUUCCAGUGGGCGUGGCAGUGGGCGUGUGUGUGUUUUCGCUGCUGACAAAAGUGCAAUUGCAAUAGCAAUCGGAAUCGAGUGGAGAUACGGAAAAUCGGGUGAACGCAAACCGAUACGGGCCAAACUCAAGUGGCCAGUAUAGGCGGCGAAAAGCAGGCGGAGGCGGAGGCGGUGGCGGUUGAGGAGGCGUGGUGGCAGUCAUGACAAUGUCCUCGACGUCGACUGCGACUGUGACUGCGACGUCGACAGCGACUGCGACGCUGGCCGAGGCAAACGCAACUGUUGGCGAAAUGUUUUCGGAUGCUGAUAUGGCGGAAGUGCGGCAUGUUGUCCAACGCAUUUUGGUGCCGUGCGUUUUUGUUAUUGGACUAUUGGGAAAUUCAGUGAGCAUUUAUGUUUUGACGCGAAAGCGCAUGAGAUGCACCACAAACAUAUAUCUAACGGCGCUGGCCAUCACGGAUAUCGCCUACCUGACCUGCCAGUUGAUCCUGUCACUGCAGCACUACGACUAUCCCAAGUACCACUUCAAGCUGUACUGGCAGCUCUAUGGCUACUUCGUCUGGCUGUGCGACAGUUUCGGGUACAUCUCAAUUUACAUAGCCGUGUGCUUCACCAUCGAGCGAUUCAUUGCGAUACGCUAUCCGCUCAAGAGGCAAACAUUCUGCACGGAAUCGCUGGCCAAAAAGGUGAUAGCAGCCGUGGCCAUCUUCUGUUUGCUGUCCACACUCUCGACGGCAUUCGAGCACACAAUUACGAUAGGUAUGAGGCAGAUUGAUGACGCCUACCAGCCGUGCAACCAAACGGUGGCCAACAUCUCGCCCACGCCGCCGCCCCCUGUGGCAGCCACGCCCCCAUUGGUCACGCCCCCGCUGCCCACGCCGGCGACCAUUUGGCAAUCGCCACCAUUUGACGCCACCACGACGGCCGGCUCGUCGUCUAAUCUGCUCGUCGACUGGGGCAGUGGCGGUGGCAGUGGUGAUGGAGAGCCAGAGAACAUUCCACGACAUCGCCGUCAGCGGCAGUCGUCUGGAUUUGUGACGCUGCCCACAUUGAGAAAAACGCUGGAGCUGGAGGAGCAGGAUAAGGACCAGGAGCAGGACCAGCAGGGGUCAGGGGUCACGGAGAGUUUGCUGCAAUUGUUGCAGCGUCGCAAGCGCAGCGCUGAGAGCCACAACAUCAACAAUACGGAUGCAUUCGCAUUUAAUGUAACGGAAUACUGUCAAAAUGUGACUUUCUAUAAUCAUGGUCUGUCGGAACUGGGCUAUGAUGAGCUAUAUAGCUAUCUGUGGAACCUGUUCACACUGCUGGUCUUCGUGGUCUUUCCCCUACUCCUAUUGGCCACCUUCAACUCCUUUCUCAUUCUGCUGGUGCAUCGCUCCAAGAAUCUGCGUGGUGACCUCACCAAUGCCAGCAGCAUAAGGCGCACAAAACGCAAAUCAAAUUCUGGCUUAAAAGGCAGCGUAUCGCAGGAAAAUCGCGUGACGAUCACACUCAUAGCGGUGGUGUUAAUGUUCAUAGUUUGCCAGCUGCCUUGGGCGAUCUAUUUGAUUGUCAAUCAGUACAUGGAAAUUCAAGUUGGCACACAGGUGGUAGCGGGAAAUGUGUGUAAUCUGCUGGCCUCCCUGCACGCGGCCUCCAAUUUUUUCCUAUACUGUGUGCUCUCUGAUAAGUACCGAAAGACGGUGCGAGAACUGAUAACUGGAUAUCGCUAUAGACGUCGACAUGCCCGCAAUAAUACGAGUCUCUAUGUGCCGCACACGACGACUACACUGACCCAAAUAAAUGGCGAUCAUUAUGGCAGCAAUUAUGGCGGAGCCGGAAGUCGUCGAAAUCGCAAUACGGGUCGCCUGAUAGCGUGAAGAUAUCUAUACAAAUUUUAUAUUUACUGGUUCAACUCCAUGGGAUGACAGUGAUGAUAGCACAUGUCACGUAAUUUCUCGAGGCGAGAAGAGGGCUUUAAAUUUGCCAGCAAAUCACACGGAAUCACAAGUGACUUGAUUGCAUCAAAAUCAAAAGUGAUUCAAUUCAAGCGUGCGAUUAGCAGAAAAUUUAAUUUGUUAUAUCAAUCGAUAUCUAUGUAUAUCUCAAUCUCUCUCUCUCUUUACAUAUCUCUCUCUAUACAUAUAUAUAUAUAUAUAUAUAUACUACAUAACAUACAUUGUGCCAUAAUGUGAUGAUUAUAGAUUUAUGCUAGUUAACCUAAACGUAAUUGUUGUCCUAAGUACUAAACGCACGCAAAAUACACACACACACAAAUUAACAAAGGCCCAUUGAGAGUUUUGCUAUUCGCACCUGUCCCACUGGGCGUAUGAGUAACGCAACCCACCAGCAAUGCAUAUCAACUUGCUGCCCAGCAAAUCGACAAAUAUCCACUAUGCACUAGUCCACAGUUGGCAUAUCCUGCGAGACUGCGGUCAGCAAAAGAAGUCAAAAUGAAAAGGGGAAGAAGGCAGGAACAGGACCUUCUGAAUGUAAAGCUCGAAUGGUUGCAUUCCCAUCAGCUUAAGGUGUCAAUACUAUGUUGCAGCAUUCUUUGGGCCGUAAAUUAAAGGCAGUUGUGCUUAGAUACAUUAACUAGCAAAUCAAAUAUAUAUGUAUAUAUAUCUUAAACCACAAGCUUAACCAACUGUUGCAAGGAUGAAAAAACAAGGUCAGAGUCUCGGCGCACAGGUGUCCCUUUACCUGUUGUUGUUGCCAUAAUUAAAGUGUUGACAAUGGGCAGCUGCAAUCGCCAUUGCCAAAUCUCCAGUUGCCAGUUAGCAGUUAAAUUGGACUGACCGAUACCUAAUUGAAUGCCAGCCAAAAACCAGGUUCUUGCCCAUUUAGUUCACAGUUUCCGGUUCCCGGUUCCCGAUUUCCGGUUUCCCCACUUCCUGUUUGCUGUUCGCAGGCCCAAAAUGCAAUACGAACAGCUGCUGCAAUCGAACUGCUGCAACUGCAGAUCCAACUAAGCCGAUAAUUGAAGGUGCCGUGUUUGGGCAGUGGAGAAGUGCAGAAGUGGGGCAGUGGGGAAUCUUCCAUGUCAACCUCAAACCGCCCACCUUUCCAGGAUAAUUGGUUCGUUGGGAGUGGGUAGUUGCUAGUCGUUAGUAGUUGGCCAUCGAUGGCGAAUGCUAAAAUACAAGUGAAAAUCUUUUUCGGAAUGCCGGCAAUAAAUUUCGAAGGGGAGAAAAUGUGGAAAAGCGAAAUCUAACCCAUCCACACACGGAAAGCCACACACACACAAACGUAAUGGAGUAACAAACAUUUGCGGUUUACUGCAUUGCUCUAUUUCCAUCCACACAUGUACAGCAUUGGCCACGCAAAUAGGUUUUACCCAGCAAAAUACCACAUUUCAAAAAAGGUUUAUCUUAGCUAUUAGUUUGCAAUCGUUUUUGUCAACUUUCAUGCCAUCUUGAUACAUAUUUAUUUUAAACUUUAGCAUAAGUUUUUAACUGUUACUAUUUUAGUCGCCUAUGUAAGGUGUAUUGAUACAGAGCAAUCGCAUUUGUUGUUAAGAAAUUGAGAGCACUUUUGCAAUAACAA